GGGAAUUGAAUAAUAAGGUAAAUAGAAAAUGAAAAAUUGAUGGUAGUGGAAAAUAGAAAGAAGGGUGGAGAAGAGAGAAUUCUGAGGAUGAUGAUGACCCACACAAUAUUUUAUUUUUAAUUUAUAUAUAAUAAAAUAUUUGGAAGGUUUGGAAUAGAUAAAGCUAUAAUAUAAUCCAUUGUUUUUGAGUUUUCAGGUUUUGGUUUUGAUAAAAAAAAAAAAAAAAUUACACAUGGAAAUGCAAGUAAGGGCAAGGAGAAAAGAAGAGAGUGGAAAGAGAAGGAAGAAGAAGAAAAUUUCAGAAUAACAUAUUAGCUUUAGUGGGUUCUUUUUCUUUUGGUCUUAUUUUCAUGGAUGCAUCAUUACUGGAUCAUAUAUCAAAUUCACUUCAUUUUUCUGCUGCAAGGGGAAUUUUUUUUAGCCUUAUUCUAUUUGGAUUCCUAAUGAUAUUGUAUAAUCAUUAACUAAAUGGGAUUAGUAGUUAGUUUUGUUGCUGAGGUCUUAGAACUUAGAUAAGAACCUUGAUUUUUCACUCAUGAAUGCGUUGGCAAAGGUAAAACUAUACAGAAAAUUAAUAUAUUAAGGUAAUCAAAAGAGGGCCCUUGAAAUUUUUGAAUAAGAAUAUACUCAAAUUUGAAAGAUGGGGUUGCCUCAAGUGUCCUCAGGUAGUAUUGCUGAGGAAGUGGCAGCAUCACUAAGCACAAUUGUGCAAAACCCACCAAGAAUUUCUGGUAUGACCAGUUGUGAUAUGAGUGGGAUUCAUGGAGGAAGCCUAGGGAAUAGGUUGCAGGCUGAUCUACCAAGCUUUUCUUUUGGAGAAUUUCAGAGGAAAUCAAUCAAAGAGCUUCCAAGGGAGUCAGACUACUUGAAUGCCCAUAAAGAUGGUAGAUCCAACCUGAGUUUGUUAAAGAUUAGUUCCGCCGAGCAAAGUUGCUGGCUAACUCAGAAAACUGGACACAAUAUUCAUAAUAACUCUAUUCCUAGAAUUGUUGGUUUUGAGUCAACCACCUCAUGUACUCCUCUAAUUGUGGUAGAAGGAAACCAACAUACUUUAACUGCAGCUAGUGUUACUGAUGCAGCCGAGGCAAGCGAAUCGCUUGUAAGGAAACAAUUGUUGUCUCCUUUGAAUGGAAUGCUUCUGCAAAGUCUUUGCAUUGAUGAUCUAAACAAUGGCAAUGAAGUUCACAAGAGUGAUUCAAGGAGUAAUGGGAGUAUAGAUGUUACUCCUCAGCAAGAUAAGAAGAAAGCUCAUGUUAACGACCCUGAUCGUUUAAGUAGUCCUGUCUGGUCUGGUUCUUGUUUUGCAGGAUGGAGGAAUUCACCAGAUGAUAAUUGUGUGUCAAACUCGAUUUUUUUCACAGAUGGCCCUUUACUUGAAAACAAGGAUUCACAGUCUCACAACAGUCAUUUCUCUGAGGAGACCUUCAAAGAAAAAUCUAAACCAAGGGCAAUAACAAUUACUCAAAAGAAGGUGGCCUCACCUCCUCUCUCAUUGUCCCCUCUUGGUCCAAAGUUUUCAGAAAGAGCGAAAUCAGGACGAACACUCAGUGAUACCACGAGGAAGUUAGAAGAGGAUGAUGGUAUCACAAUUAAGGAGAUUGGAAGAUCAGUCAAUGGAACUGUAGGCUCCUUAUCAUCCUGGAAUGAAAAUGCUAUUAUGAAGCCAAGUAAAUCUCAGCAGGAACAUGAUGUUUUACAUAACUUUGACCCCUUUACUGGAGGAGUCAACUUGGAAAGAGAUUGUUAUCACAAUUUUGACUUCACUCCUCCUCAAGGUUGCAAACAAGUGAGAAAUCUGAGUGGACUUCAUGUUAGAAGGUCCUUGGUUGGUUCAUUUGAGGAAUCCUUGUUAUCCGGUCGUUGGUUGUGUGGGAAAGCUAGCAAGACAAUUGAUGGUUUCCUUGCUGUUCUGAAUGUUACCGGAGGGUCUUUCUCACCACAACCGCAGAAACUACCAUUUUAUGUAACCAGUGUGGAUGGAGAUAACUGCUUACUGUAUUAUUCCUCCAUAGAUCUUGCAGGAAGUACUGAAGCAAACAAGUCUAGAGGCUCCAAGAUGAAGAGGAGCCUCAGCAUUGAUAGGUCGGGGAUGAUAAAGAGCCAACUGCGUGUUCCCAUGAAAGGACGAAUACAAUUGGUUUUGAGCAAUCCAGAAAGGACUCCCAUACACACAUUCUUUUGUCCUUAUGAUUUGAGUGACAUGCCAGCUGGUACAAAGACAUUUCUGCGCCAAAAGGUCACUCUGGCCUCUUCGCCUCCUGCUAACGGUGCUGGUGUUCUGCGUUAUGCACUUCAUGCCCGCUUUGUAUGCCCUUUACCAAAGAAAAAUUCAAAAUCAUUGCAGAGAUGUAAAUCUGAUCCCUCCUCUGCUCCAGAUUGUAAAGAGAUCCCUGAUGGGGAACGUCGCUUCUACUUGUAUAAUGAUUUGAGAGUGGUGUUUCCUCAACGCCAUUCGGAUUCUGAUGAAGGCGAGUUGCAUGUGGAAUAUCAUUUUCCUUCAGAUCCAAAGUACUUUGACAUAAGCAAUUAAAAAUGGUCAAUAACCAACACAGUUUCUUCUCAGAAGAUAUUCAUGUAUGUAAUCUCUGUACAUAUUUGUUGUACAUUCUGUUUUCUAUCAUCCUUUGGGCAAUUUUCCUGCUUAACUGUAAAUAAUUUUCAUUCUCAAUAAGUAGUUGAAUUAGUACCUUAGUUAUCAUUUUCUAUGAAAUGAAAUAAAAAUACAUUGGAGGGGUUUCUAAAGGCACUAAA